UGGCAUUACGACCUUUGACUGGUCGGUAAUGUACGCAGUUUUCUGAUGAGAAUCCAAUCGAAAAAAUUUAAGCAUUUAUAAAGAGAAAACUUCAGGGAAAACGUACGUACUAUGUGGAGCAGUUAUAUCAAGCCCAGCAAAUAUAAAAUUGUUUUCCUUGAGUUACGACAGAAUGUACGUAUCAGAAUAACAUGUCAUGAUAAUAUCAAAAUGACAUUAAAAUGAAGGAUUGAAAAGUGGCUUUUAAUAAUCAUUUGAGCUAUUUUGACGUCAUUUUGGUGUCACGAUGACUUUUUGCUUGAUUGCAAAUCGACAAUACAGACUUAUUCCUCCUAUGCAAUUUCAAGCACAUUCAGGCAACCGACGUUGCAGUUCGAGCCAGGCGGAACUAAGUUUAAACCGACGAAGUACGAGCUGAAUAUUCCCAUGAAUUCCCUUCAUCGAGAUGUUCUCUCAUCUCUUAUCCGUUUAUUCAUUUCGUCCUGCUGUCCGGUAAUAUUGAAAAACUCGGCUUUAACACGACGGAUCGCAAGAACAUCGCGGACACGCGACUCGCCAUUACAUACAGAAAAUGGAGAAUUGAAAAAAAAAAGGAAAAAUAAGCGCACGUUCGCGUAUGCCGGUUCCGGUUCAACGAGACAUCCAUUUUUAUCGAUGAUCGCCGCGCCCCUGAUGUUCGAUUCGGCCGGAUAUUCCGACACCGGAACGCGUCCGCAAUAAAACAGAUCCGGGCUGGCAGGGGUUGGUCUCUGGAAGUGUCGAUGGAAUGCGUUUUCAAACCAGCUGGCGAGGAUGACACGGAAAGCUGAAUUUAUUCAAAAAUAGUCACGAGGAACCAUAAGAUUUUUUUUCUCAGGGAUAAUACGACCUGAGUUAAAGCUACAAAGAAGAGACGAGAUAAGAAUUACUCUCAAGUUCUCUAAAGCUCUACGUUGCUCUUUUGGUUGCUCUGAAAAAAAGUCAAGUAAAAUUCUGACGAGUACGUCGAGGCGCAGCAUCGAGGGAGAUUUCGAGGCCAUGCAGGGCGGGGCGGCGAAUCGAAGAGGAUCCUUUGCAUCGAGGAGGUGAUUCGCUAACGAUGUCACUCUGAAGAUCAUUUGGAAAACAAGAAGAUGUGCUGCUCAGGUGGCCCAGGUGGUAUCAGAUUGACCGGAUGUGGCGUGGUAUGCGGCCUCGCCGCGCUGGCGGCCCUCGGCGUCGCUCUUUCGGGUCCAACCUGGCUUCACACCGAGGAAAAGCUUGCCGUGCCAGACGUAUCGAAGAAUUCUGCAGUUAGUGUGAAGUUCAAGCUGGGACUUUUCAGAGUUUGUUCGACGAUCGUGAAUCCCUCCAAUCUGACGUUGCCCUUUCCAUUACCGCCGCCUUGUAGUUACGUGAGGUACAGUAGCCUGGAAGACGUGAAGCCGAAGGAGUUGGGUUUCCCUCAAUUAGAAUUCACGCCCACGGUCGUCUCAAAAAUACGGAUCUCCGCACCGUUCCAAGUGGUCGCCGCGAUCCUGAUCCUUGCCGCAACGGUAUCAGCUAUGAUCGGCCAUUGUUAUUCCGAUCAUAGGACCCUCGUAGCCUGCGGACUUUUCCUUCUAAGCGGACUUUCCUUAGGCGGCGGAUUGAUAGUUCUGGCAUCAGCAUUGUCGGAUGCAUCACUAGAGUUACCGGGGAAAUACAGUUUGCCGUCAACUGCCGGCAUGCAAAUGGACGAUAACGGUCUACCUCAGUACCACUACGGCUGGUGCCUACAACUCUCGGGAUUAGCGUUGAUGCUCGCGGAAGUGGCGGCCGUUUUAACAAUGUCUGGUUACAUGGCACGGUUCUCCACGGUCGAAGAGAUGGUGAGAGUCAUGGUUCCGGGUGCCGAAAGAAAGCUGAGGGAACAGAGAGGAUUUAGCUCAGAGUAUCUUGUGAGAGCACAUCAGAAAUCACCGGGACCACCGCAGGCCCGACCUUUCGGCCAAUCAACCAAAACGCCUCAAAAAAUAGCCGAAGAAGGAACUUCAUUGCUCUGCAAAUCGGCGCCUGAUAUUUGCGCGUCGAAUCCACAGGCCAUCAGUUAUGUCGAUAAGGCAGACCUAUCGCACGUCCUGCCAGUUUACCCGGACAGCAAGAACAUCGACCCACGGUAUAACAAUUUCGAUAAGUCGGAAGGCAACGUCGUAGAUUCUCGAUUGAGCGGUUUCACUGAUAAAGAAGGCUUCAUUGAUUCUCGAAUUCUAUCCGAUUCCAGACAAAACAUGAUCGCUUUUACGGAUAACAAGGAAUCUGAUCAGGAACAACGAUACACUGAAUUCUCCACGAGAAAUACCGACCAGAAUAUUGUAGAUUCUAGAUUGAGCGGCUUCGUCGAUAAAGAGGGUCUUCUCGAUUCUAGAUUAAGUGGCUAUGUCGAUAAGAAUGAAUCCUUACUGGAUACUCCGUUCGGUUUCGACACUAGAUUCAACAGUUUGGCUGGACAAACUGUUCCAAUCACGCUAAAGAAUCAGAAUGCCUCGGUAUCGGCUAUUCAGUCACAGUAUAUAUAUCAAAAUUUUGGAACAAUACAUUCGGGCAUUCUUAAAGUAUCAGAACCUGGUACUAGUUCCAGUUCCAAUUCCAGUCAACGUAGCAUGACCUUACAAAAUCCAAAACGGAAGUCGCAAAUCGCUCAGAAUACCUUUAGCACGAUGGAAUGCGAAAAGAGGAAGCGAGCGUCCGGGCUAACUGGCAAGGCGAGCUUUUACACUGGAAGUGCUGUAUGACCACCACCCCCACCUCCGACACCAAGGUAACUCCCAGAAGAGGACACCCCAUUGUAGCCGGAACUCAAUGCGACUUUCGAGUUGGGUCGGAGGAUAUUCAUCACUGAUCGCGCCUAAAGGGAGAGAAAAGAAUGAAUUUUUUACCAACUAAAGAUAACUCUGCCGUAUUUACUAAAAAUGCGUUUAACGGUACAUAAAAAAAACACGUUUUUGUCAAUCAUCGGCAUUGCAGGUUCUUACGAUUUAAACAAGCUGCCAAAAGAAUGCCAAUAUUAUAAUUAUGCGAUAGUAAUACGUUAACUUAAGAGGAUGCUGGGGUGAUCAAAUUAUCGACACAUUGCAGAUCGAUAAAAAUUUUCGAAUUUACUGAAUGGAAUCAAAAAUUCUUUUACAGGAUUAAAGUAGAUGCAAAAUUGGGAGGUGGUGCAGUGGACUUUAUAUUAAAAUCGAAAAAAGUUAAAAACUCAUUUAUUUUUGAACUCGUAGAACUAUCACUUGUUCUCUUACAAAAGUCAUACUCAUAUGAACGAAACAGUGCAUCAUUCGUCGGAUUACUUGAACAAAUAUACUGAAUUUAUGAAACUAAGAUUAAAAGCUUAAAAAAAAAUUUAUGUUUGAUCUGCAAAUUACGUGUAUACGUAUGCUUCGUUGCUAAACAAAGCAAUAACUGUGUCUAGCAGUAGGUGCUCGAUUUUGCAAGAGCAAUAUGUUAGAUAAGGACAAAUGUAUGCGUUUGAGACAGAACGAUAAUGUAAGAAAUAAAUUAAAAAUAUCACUAUUAAAUAUCACUAUUACAUUUUUAAGUGUACUAUCAACAUUGAUCGAGUUUGGCCGUCACUCCAGCAUCAUCUUAAAACAGUAUCAAAAUAAUUAGAUUUAUCAAAAGUACAAUUCGUACAAAAGAAAUGAUGCGAACGUAAUCUGUCAAUAAAGUUGCAAAUUUACUUAAAUAAAUUAAAUGAAAAAUAAAAAUGAUGAACGAUUACUCUUUCAUCAUUUUAUAAUGAAAAGUAAGAUAAUGUCCGUCAUUCGCUGUUAAAACUUUAACUUAACAUCAUAAUCGCGUUUCAGCUGCAUAACCAGUCGAACAAAGUUAUAAAAUGAAAUUAAUAUUAAUAUAGUCAAUAUGUUGUAAUAUAAUUGAUGGUCGAUAUACUCCAGAUAAAUCGGGCGCAACUUUUAUAUAUUUUUAUUUAAUAAUAAUAAUAAUAAUGCAUUUAAUAAAUUAUCAUGAAAAUGCCGUUUAGUAAAAUCAAAUGAAAUUGUUUAUGAUUAAAGAUUUUCUCAAUUUCUUCUCAAGUAGCACAGCAGCGCCUGCAAAGCGCUAAAAAAAGCGCUUAUGUACAAUCUUUUAGUGCUUUUUUUAAAUACUUUGUAGACACUAUGUGAUGCUUGAGCUUCAGCAAUGUACACGCUCUAAUUGUAUCAUAUUAUAUAUAUAAUCGAGGACAUAUCAAAAAUAAAAACGUUUCCGUUAAUUAUGUUAU